AUGCAAGUGCCGGUUCUCGGCUGCACUUUCCUCACGCUGUCAGAUCGUGAGGAAAGUACUGCCGAGAACCGGCAGUUGUCAGAGCGGGGAUCGGCACCGAUCAUCGGGGCACUGAUGAUCAGUGCCCUGAUGAUCGGUGCCCAGCAGUACCACCCGCAAGUUCCGCCCACCUGUGCCCAGCAAUCACCCACCUGUGCCCAGCAGUGCACCCACCUGUGCCACUCUGCAGUGUCACACACCUGUGCCCAGAAGUGCCACCUACCUGUGCCCAGCAGUGCCACCCACCUGUGCCCACCCACCUGUGCCCACCAGUGCCACCCACCUGUGCCC